CGAGGCGGGGACCUCAUAAAAAGUCUCGUGAGGACAGUUCCACAGAGAUUCGCAUUUUUGUUAGCAUAAUUUAUAAUUACAGUAGAUCAAAAGAUAUUCUGGACUUUUUGGCACUGACGCAUUGCUCUGACGCCUUCCGUCAUCGGGGAUUUUUUCUUUCUGUUCUUUCUCUAUUUCUUUUUGUGGGGAAAUGUGUAGGUUCCGGCUAUAGGUGAAGCGUCUUCAUCUGUCUAGCGGCGUAGGCGGGACUCUGGUUUCUGCAGCUCCUGAGAGGCGAUAGAAGCUCCAGCAGCAGCGCCGCUCGCUUUCUGUCCGAGAGCAUCUCUCCCAGUUGCCAGUGUCUGCGAUUUGCAUCCGGAUGCGGGUAGCACUGUGGGAGCCAACACGGUGAGACUGGAGCAUCCGAAAGACGCCUCAGCCCGAGGAGCCUAUAUAAUUAUAACCCUCCCCCCCCACCUAGAAAUUGUCGGCUCACCUGGAUAAAGCGGUUCUUCAUACGGGAAGGGGAAGAAGUGAGCCAAGCACCCGGCACAUUUGGCUAGAGGAAGCGAGAAGAAUAUGAUCCUUAAACAGCAUUUUCCCUUUAUUUUCUAUGUUGUCUGUGGGAUCGUGCUGAAAGGCAGCCAGGGCCAAUUCCCCAUCACACAUAACGUGACAGUGGCAGAGGGGGGGACGGCCGACAUGACCUGCCGCGUGGAUCACAAUGACAACACCUCCCUCCAGUGGUCAAACCCUGCACAGCAGACUCUCUUCUUCGGGGACAAGAAAGCCCUGAGGGACAACCGGAUCGAGCUGGUACGCGCCUCCUGGCAGGAGCUGGCCAUCCGCAUCAGCGAGGUGGCGCUGGCAGACGAGGGACAGUACACCUGCUCGCUCUUCACCAUGCCCGUCAAGACCGCCAAGGCUUUCCUCACCGUGCUGAGGGUUCCGGAGAAGCCGGAAAUAGCUGGAUUCACGAAGCCAGCUAUGGAGGGAGACCAGAUCACCUUGACGUGUGUGACCUCUGGGAGCAAGCCGGCCGCUGACAUCCGGUGGUUCCGCAACGAGAAGGAGAUCCAAGGCGCCAAAGAAGUGAAUGUCAGCGGAAAGACCUUCACGGUCAGCAGCUCCCUGAGGCUACAGGUGGACCGCAAUGACGACGGUGUGGCCUACACCUGCCGGGUGGAGCACGUGGCACUAGCCUCCUCCCCACAGCAGACCACCGAGGUCCUGGAGGUGCACUAUCCACCCUUUGUAGACAUCACAUCGUCGAUGACGUUCCCAGAGGAGGGGGGGUAUUUAAAACUGGAGUGCGUCUCCAAAGGAAACCCACUACCCGAUUCUGUGCUCUGGACAAAAGAUGGAGGCGAGCUUCCUGACAUUGAUCGGAUGAUUGUAGAAGGCAGGGAGCUGACCUUCACAUCUCUCAACAAGACGGACAACGGCACGUACCGCUGCGAAGCCAGCAACCACCUCGGGACCAGCAGGGCCGAAUACAUGCUCUUCGUGUACGACGUCCCACGCAAAAUGCCCCCACGUCCAGCCUCCCCAUUCCAGCCAGUGCCCCUGGGCACCAGCCCCCCCAAAGCAGCAGCCGCCACUGGCUUUCUUGGAGAUCCCAAUGCCUUGCAACAGAAAGGUCCAGACCACGCGCUUAUUGGAGGGGUGGUUGCGGUCGUUGUCUUCAUCACUUUAUGUUUGAUAAUUGUAUUAGGACGAUAUCUCGCUCGGCAUAAAGGGACGUAUCUAACGCACGAGGCCAAGGGGGCGGAGGACGCUCCCGAUGCAGACACGGCCAUCAUCAAUGCAGAGGGGAACCAGGCCCACGCCGCGGAGAAGAAGGAGUACUUCAUCUAAUUCUGCGAGAGCUCGUCAGACAGCCGUUGGGCAGGUCUUAGGAACUCAACGCCAGCAUCGCUCUGGUCCUUACCUCCCCUUCAUUCCGUCUCCUAUCCUUCUCAGUCAAUUCGCAGAUCAACUCAUAAUUCUUCAAAUAGCUACUUUUUUAAAGUACGCACCCAAUUACGAUGCCAACUUUUUGUACUCACAUCCCCUCACCACCUGAGUCCCUUACCCUUCCUCCCUGAUAUAUUGUUUUUUUUCAUAGUGCCUAAAUUUAAGGACGCCCAUCUUAAGUCAAUGACUACAAAAACGAUUCUUAUUAGGGAUUAACAGGUGUUUCUAGAGGUGAAGAAGAUGUGCCAAAAGCCCACCGAUUUGUCUAAUCUGCUGGUACUUUCAUCUGGAGGUCUGGCAUUUCUGAGCAAUGUGGACACUUAGUUCAGAAAACCUCAGACACGCAGAUGAGUUAGCUUUAAACAGAGAGAGAGAAAGUGGAAAAAAACCCCAAACACGUUAACUGUAUAGUUGUUCUUGAUGUAAACAGAGUCAAAUUCAUUUUGACGAAAAAAUGCUACUGGACGUAAAUGGAAUUAUGUGUGUGUGCUUUUUUAAAAAAUAUGUUUCAAAUCAGUGAAGGGAUUUAUUGUAAAAUUAAGUUCUUAAUCCAGUUUCUGUCUAAAUUUAAACCUGUGCAAAAAAAGAUGGAUAUGAAAAACAACAGAUAUUUGUGUAAAUAUCUCUUGCCCUAUAGAUGACGAAUAAAAGCACAUCUUGGUACCUCCCAGACUUUUCAGGGGGAACUUUCAUGUUUAUUGUCUGAUAUAUAAGGAAAAACAAAGUGAUGUUUCAAUUCUAAAUGAAAAAGCACAAAUUGUACAAUUGUAAAAAAGUUACUCUGUUUUGGCUUUUAAAACACACAUUGAUGUUAUAUUUCAUAAUUGGACUCCGGCCUUACCUGGUAUAUCUGUCCAGAUGUAGAAAUUAAGUGAAUUAUAAGUUAAUUUAUUUAGUCAAUGAAAUUGUUCAGCAAACUAGCAGAGUUUCUCCCUAGUUGAUAACAUCAUGCAUUACCUUUGCUAUAUGUAGUUAUUAGUGAAAUUGUUGUUAGACUUUGAAAUCCCUCAUACUUUGAAAUUUGUAUAUUAGCCAAUUUAUAUAUUGAAAAAUACUGUACUCUGUAAAUCAUAAAUCAUAAAUCUCUCUCUCUCUCUUUUUUGGGGUGGGGGCAUUGUUCAUACUCAAACAGAUCAUGUUGGCUAGACUAUGACAAACAUCAGCGUUCUAGCAGGCAAAUUGAAACCAGACGUGUACGGCAUGAUAUGCCAGGGCAGUAUGACGUCAUUCGGACAGACGACUGACUUGGGAAACCAAUUGUACAAGUUAAAGGUAGCAAGUUGUCUUUGGCUAACGGGCUUCCUGGCCCUCUGCUGCGUUCCAGCCCAUAACGCCCGUUUACAUACACUUGUAUCGCAUUUAUUCGUGUAUAAUGGCGCCACUGUGGGGACGUGUUUGUCUCUUCUUAUUCAUUGAGGGGAUAGCAUUAGCCUUAGCUACAAAAGCACUUCGCGUGAUGUAGAGCAGUGCUAACAAUCAUACAAAAAGUAUUAUUAUGUAUACAAUUUAUGUUGCUUUUUAAAUUAUUUUUAUUCACUAGUUUUAGGUUACUUCUCCUGGUGAGGGUUGCAGAUCUUCUACUAUUAUUAUUAUUAUUAUUCAUCCAUCCAUCCAUUUUCUGUAACCACUUAUCGUUUUUAGGGCCAAGGGGGUUCCAGAGCUUAUUCCGUAGGCUGUGGGCACAAGGCAGGCAGCCUUCAUCUGCAGGGUUGUUACUAACAUUUUGUGAUCCGUUGUUGGGGAAGAAGGAAAUCAAACUGAAUUAAAACUAAAUCUAAAUAAAAUCCAAUUUGUGACUCUGAGCUUAGUUAAUCGCCAGCGGAGAGAUAGCUGCCAGCCCGCAGAAAAAGCCUUAAGGCCGUUUUAAACAUCCGUUAACUAAUAUGUUAAAAAAGUAAACGAAUAAAGACGGGAGCUGCUCUGGAAUGGCUACUGAAAUUCACUGCGCUUUAUCCCACAUACCCGAUGCAUUGACUUUAUUGUUUUAUUAUGGGUUGGCUUUUUAGAUGUGCAUUUUAAACACACAUUAAAUAAUUAAGCCCGGCAGUACUUAAUGGUGAGGGCAAACUUUGUCACGCCUCAUCUGAUAAUGAUUUACAGUUGGUGCGCUCUGCCGUUUCAGUGUUGUAGAUGACUGUAAUGUAGCAGAACAUGAUACUUUGAGGAGUUAGUAUUUAAGGAGUUAAAUGUCACUUUAAAGUACAUUAAGGGAAUGUGUAUCUGUAGGGGAUGCAGAGAGAGAGAGAGAGAGUACUGAGUAUGCACAUAACGUUGUUGACUAGCUUUGGUUAAUAACAAUGUCUUUUUUUUCUUGUUUUUAAUAAAAGCCCGCAAAUGUGACUUUUUUUCUAUAUAAGACUAUGUAAUUAUUGCAGAUAAGCAGAAACACAGGGGCAUUGUCCAUAAUGCUCCUAUAUUGUAAAACACAGCAAAACACUUGAAAUUUGUUCACCUCGCAAGAAGGCGCAGAGUGUUUGAGGUUGUAGAAAUGUUUUUUUUUUUUUUCCUGCUGGGAAGCCUGAAGGUUUGCCUCAUUGCAGGAUACAAAUCACCGGCAGUCACACAGUUACCCUGACAAAUACCGAGAUAGCCUUUGAGUCUAUACCCAACAGUGUGAAUGGCAGGUUCAGCACUGGGUUCUACUGAAGUCAGUCACUAAUCUUCCCCUGUCAGGAUUACAGAUAGAACAUCCAUAUGUUCAGUCAAAAGUCUUUUUAUCUCAUAAUGUUGGUGUUCUACUUUUUAUAAAAUAUCAAAAUGUAAUUUAAGUUUAUACACGAUCAUUUUACUCUUUAUAUGUGUGUGUUUUUUUUGCAUUUUUGAAAGAAGCAAGGACUGUUGAACAAUUGAUUUUAAAACUGUAAAAUGUAAUCAUCUGCAGGCGCAGGUGGUACUGGAGGCCUGAGAAAAGGGUGCAGAAGAAACAAACGUUACUUUUGUGUGUUGAUGGGUCAAAACUUGCCAAUCAGAAUGGCUUCAACAGAAAGGUCUGUUUUCGUUUCCAGCUGUCCCAUGAUGAAUUUUACCGAUGAGCACCCAAAUGCAUUUUGUUGUACAUUUGCAGUUUCAGCACCAAUUAAAAAAAAAUUUGUUCCAAUCUAUGAGAAAGAAUAGCAUUUGAAUUAAUGUGACCAUGCAUCUUUGAUGAUUACAGCGCUUAAGACUAGCUACCUGACCUAGAACGACAUGUAGAAAGGAGAUUUACUUGCUCUGUAAAAUGGCAUCUAUUGAAAAUGAAAAAUCACUUGCCUGUAAAAUCUCAUCUGAUGUAACAGUGACCAGAUAUGGGCAGAAAUAGGCUGCACUUGUUUGUUUUUUAGAGUAUGCAAUCCGAUGUAACAUGGUUAAACUCAUUAAACACGAGACGGCUAGGAAGGAGUACUUCUGUAUUCGUUUUUUGACAACUUCAUUUAAUACAGUAGCUAACUUAUUUAUGACACGCCAUGCUGGUGCAUUAAUUGAGCAUAUUUAUACUUAUCAGUAUCAUCAGGUAGCAGUAACAACAACAAUAAGAAAGAACAACAGCACAUCUGUUAGCCUGGCAAAAAAACAACCAUUUUGUUUUUAUUUAACGCAGCCUGUUGAUAAUUUUAUCUGUUUAGGCAGUUUAGUUUGUUCCCAGUUCCAGACGCCGAGUUUGUGUUUGUAUAUAUAUAUAAAGUAGGUGCCAAAAUUUAUGACACGUCAUAGUCUCACAUUUUUGCAGAAUUUUUUAUUUUUUUUCUCAGGAAUAUGUUUUACAUGUUUACACGUUUGAAACUGGUAGCUUAACACUUCCCAUCUGCUUGCUUUCUGGAGCCCUGAAACUGUUAAUAAAAGCAUUUCUUUUUCCCAUUACUUGAAUUUUUACUUCAUUAUCUUACAUUUUACUUAAAAUUUAUAUUUGCGUUUUGAAAACCACCGUAAUAAUAUUGUUUUAUUUAAACUGCUAAAUGGAUCUGCUCCCACAACCGCGGAUAAACACGGAAUUCUCCACAUAAAAUUCCAUGACGUCAAUAUAUGAUCUUUUAAUCCUGUUUCCUUUAAUACGCUGGGCAACAUAGAUUUUGCAGAACCAAGUCAACUUUACUCAGACAGUGGCUCAAUAUUAUAGAUACAGCUACAUUCAAUACACCAAUUAACGUGUGGACUGGAUUUCUAAAAACCUGCUUUUCACUGAUGUGUCCACAUAUCAGUUUUACUUUUUCAUUCUCAUAGUCCACAUCAUGUAAACUAAAACGGUCACAUAAAUACCAGCUUACUUGAACUAUAGCAACAUGGAUCAUCAUUGUGUAACAAUUUCUGACUCUCUAGAUAAAAUAGAAAAUGACACUUUGUGAAUACAUCCUCAAAAUGUUUUAUUUAAGAAAGAACUCAUUAGUGGUCAUACUGUCUUUUACAGAUGUUGUAAUGAACUAUUAAGCAUUCAGGAACCUUUAUAUAGCUGUUAUAGCUGGAUAGGUGAUAGCUAAUAAUGAUAUAUUAGGUAUUUAUUCAGUUUAUUAGGUAUUUAUAAUGCAUCUUGAAUGCCUAUUAUGUCGGAUUCUGUGUCUUUUUACCAGCUAACUGUUUGUAUUCCCUAUAUUUUAUCGUAAUGGGAAAAAGAGGUAAAUAAAAAUUCAAAAUAAUGUAAUCUGGAGGGAAGACUUGCAACAUGCAACACCGAAACGUUUUCAUGUGGGCUGUUUUAUUUCUGUAUUUAUUCAUUUUGAUACAACUGUCAGUCAGUUCUGUACGCACAUGGAGUCUCUGGAACAUGCCGGAAUCAUGCUUCUUGUAGUAAGCUGGAGCGGAAUCCCUCACAUGAAUGUGUUCCUGAAGUAUUUAAAGGGUCUGAAAGUCAGGUUGAAGCAAUUUUCGCCUGUAUGGAAUUAAAGUACUGAACAAAUAAAUACCAGUUUACUGGUAACAAACCA